CUUCACUCUUGUACUCAUUCCAUAGAUUCCACCGUGCCACUGUCUUCUGUCUACUACGUUAACCAUGGCAUCCGGCAACAAAGUCUACGUUGUCACUGGCGGAAACAGAGGUCUUGGUCUUGGCCUAGUCAAAUCGCUCCUGGCACGACCAGCUACCACAGUCAUUGCUUCUGUCCGCAAUGAGGAGGCAGCCACCAGUCUUAAAGCGGAGACCCAAGCUGUCACCACAGGCGAGCAGAGCAGCCUUUACAUAUUCCAGCUCGACUUCUCAUCGGCUAUUGCACCCGAAAGGGUCAUCGAAGUCUUCAAUGCAGCCACUAGGGUAGACCGCAUUGACGUCCUCAUCUGCAACGCCGGGUACGCAGCGCCCAUGGCGCCGGCCGCCUUGACUUCGGCUGAAGACCUGCGGGCAUCCUUUGAAACAAACACAAUUGCUCCCUUGCUCGUCUUCCAGGGACUAUGGCCCUUGCUCCAAAAGUCCGCUGCGACGCCCAAGCUCAUCAACAUUAGUUCUUCCGUCGGCUCCAUCGGCGGCCAGGAACCCGUCCCGGGCGGUGCCUAUGGGCCUAGCCGUGCAGCGGGAAACUGGCUCACGCGCGCACUUCACGCCCAGCACCCCAAUUUGAUUGCCGUGGCGCUACACCCGGGAUGGGUACAGACGCGGGCGGGAGACUUUGUCGCUCAGCAGUGGGGUUACGCAGCUGGCCCUCCCGAGACGAUUGACAAUAGCGUCAAGGGAAUGUUGCAGGUGAUUGAUGGGGCUACACGGGAGACCACUUCGGGCAAGUUCAUUACUUAUGAGGGACAGGAGCUGCCGUGGUAGACCUCCCUCUGCCUUGACCAGUAGAUGGAUCCGAGAACGUUGAUGCUUUGAUCGAGGAUUUGUCUUAGAAGCAGUACUAUAGUAUACUAUGGCUGUCAGCAUUC